AUGUAUCAGUCAUACACGUACACUGAUAUAUCCAGCGGCUUCUUCGCAGAUGCCAAGAAGAGGUUCGAAGACUAUGGAGGGAUUGAAUUCGCCAUUCUUGACAUCAGCAAAGAUCCUUUAGAGCAGGGGUUCCAGGCCGAGUCAUACGACCUCGUUAUCGCGUGGAACGUCAUACAUGCCACACCAAACCUUCACGAGUCGCUAAGUAACAUAAGAAAGCUGAUACACCCUGAAGGGCGGUUCCUAUUGCAAGAAAUCUUUCCGACCACGCCCUGGAUCAACCAUUGUUUUGGCGUCAUCCCAGGCUGGUGGCUUGGCGAAGCCGACGGUCGCGUUUCCACGCCCCAUGUCAGCUUUGAGAGAUGGAAGAAGGAGCUGUCGGACUCCGGAUUCGGUGAUAUAUCAAACAGUUUCGACGGUUACACGAACAACAACUUCAUUUGCCGGCCGUCACAACCUGUGCCCUCGUCGACACGAGUCACACUUCUAAAGUACGAGGGACAAGAUACUAAGCAGCUUUUUGAGACUCUGCGCCGGGCUUCAUACGAAGUCGAUGAAUACACCUUGGAGGAUUCGGAAGCGAGUCUUACCCCAGAACAAGACGUCAUAUCCGUACUCGAUAUCCUUUCUCCCUUUUUCGCCGGUCUGACAGAGGAAAGAUUUGCACACUUUCAGCGAUUCGUCAAGAAUGCCCACGAUAGUGACUGUGGUGUUUUAUGGCUUACUGGCCAAUGUCAGGUCGGCGAGAAGAUUCAAUCGGAGUACGCUCCGCUUUUUGGCUUAUCUCGCGUUCUGCGGACAGAGCUAGGGCUUGAUUUUGCCACUCUUGAACUGGAAAGUUUCUCCCCGGCGGCCAUCGCUCAUGUUUUCCCGAAGGUAUACAGCCAGUUCGGGAAGCGCGUCAAGAAUGACCCGGAUAGCAACCCCGAGUAUGAAUGGGCGUACAUGGACGACAAAAUUCUGAUCAGCCGUUAUCAUCAUAUUAACCUGACAGCUGAGUCUCAAGUGCUUCCAGAAAGUAUGGGUGUGCGAAAGCUCUCCCAGCGCAAGCCGGGACUCACUGACACACUGUACUGGAAGCCAAUGAUAACUCCGGCGCUCAAUAAGGAUGAAGUCAAGAUCGAAGUGAAGGCCGUCGGCAUGAACUACAAGGACGUUCUCGUUGCUCAAAGUAUUAUCACCGACACAGCGGCUAUUCAAGAUGGACUUGGUCUAGAAUGUGCCGGCAUUGUCUUGGAAGUCGGCCCUGAUGUGGACAGGGUCAAGAUUUACUGUACUGUCGGCAGUCAAAGUAAGAGAGACUUUCUGAUCGAGAAACUCGGAAUUCCCCCAGGCAAGAUUUUCAACUCCCGCAACUCAUCAUUCCUGCCGGGCAUUAUGGCAGCCACAAAUGGAUUGGGGGUGGACUUGGUCCUCAACCAACUAUCAGGAGAGCUACUCCACACUUCUUGGCAGUGCGUGGCCGAGUUUGGUACCUUGGUCGAGCUCGGCCGCCGGGACUUCCUUGGACAUGCGAAGCUGGCCAUGGACCAGUUCGAAUCUAACCGAACUUUCUGUGGUGUUGAUCUGGCACAUCUCUGGGCCCGCAAGCCACGAUUCGUUGGGGAUAUGCUGGAGCGAGUCAUAGAUCUAUGGACGCAGGGCCACAUUAACCCAUAUGUCGCCUCUACUUUCUCAGCCGCAGAAAUUUUCCAGCCCUUCCGACAAAUGCAACAGAGCCAGCACAUAGGCAAGAUCGUUGUAACAUUACCUGAAGAAGCUGACUUCCAGCUGCUUCCCACCGAGCCCAUCCACAAGACGCUCGAACUACGGCAUGAUCGGUCAUAUCUCUUUACUGGUGGCUUGGGAUCUUUGGGUACCGUCAUUUCCUCCUGGCUUGUGGAAAAGGGGGCCAAGGAGAUCAUUUUCCUGUCUCGCUCUGCAGGCCGUCUACCGGAACAUGCCUCUUUAGCCAAAGAGCUGGCAUGUCUGGGUUGCAAUGUCAAAUUUAUUUCCGGCAACGUCGCCAAAUAUGACGACGUCGUUCGAGCAAUCAAAGCCGCCAAAAUGCCAAUAGGAGGGGUCCUGCACGCUGCCAUGGCUCUUCGGGACGCUAGCUUUCUCAGCAUGAGUUGGUCUGAGUGGCUUGCAGCAUCGCAGCCGAAGAUUGAUGGAACUAGGAACAUCCAUGAGGCCUUGCUGGAGCGGCAGCCUGACGUUCCGCUUGACUUCUUCUUCUUGUUCAGCUCCACAGCAGCCACAGGUGGAUGGUGGGGACAGGCCAACUAUCAUGCUGGGAAUUCCUACAUGGAAUCCUUCGCUGGUUAUAGGCGAAAUUUGGGACUAGCUGCAAGUGUUCUAAAUGUGGGCUUCAUCAGCGACGUCGGCUACGUGGCUGACCGACCUGAGGCAGCUGACUUGGCCAAGGCAACAGGUCAAUGGUUCAACACCGAGGUCGAGCUCCUGGACUGCAUUGAGCAGAUGCUGAUGGAACUUCCGACGGGCAACGGCGCUUCAGCUGCCUCGUGCCAUGUACAACCAUCUCUAUUGGCCAUGGGAAUGCGGUCUACGAUGCCGCUUACAUCGAAAUCGUGCCGUGUCCCGUGGAAGAGAGAUCGACGAAUGCUUGCCCUUCGCAACCUGGACUCGGAUGACAGCAAUAUUCCUUCAGGCUCAGACAGUAUGACGAAUGACGAGCUCAGCCACGCCAUCCGAGAGCUAAGCUCUAACAUCGUUUCGCUUCAAUCAGGAGAGACCACAGAAUUCCUAGCAACGCAUAUUGGGAAAACGCUGUGCAAAUUUCAGCUUAGACAAGACAUCGACCUCGACUUCCAGGCUCCAUUAACGGACCUCGGUCUAGAUUCCCUAGUAGGAAUAGAAGUGCGCGCCUGGAUCAGGCAAUGUAUGAGCGUAGAUCUGGCCACGCUUGAGAUUACCGGCUCCAAAAACCUAGAGCAGCUUGCUACGGCGGUGCAGAAAAGGAUGAUUCAGAGAUACAACUCUAAGACAUGA